AUUACCUCCCCCAAAAUGCGCCCUCCAUUCUCCUCCUCCUGCUCCUGUUCCUGCUCCUCUCUCUCUCUCUCUUAUUCAAUUCCCAAUCCCCUCGCUCCCUCACGCGCCGACGCAAAGAUGCCGUAUUGCGAGGUCGGAGUCCACCAAUCCUCCCCCUCCGCGGCCGCAUCCUCCGCCGUCGUUCCCGUCGAUAGUCCCAUCAACAAUGAGAUAAAGCUAUUCUAUCAAACCUACGGUCGCGGCACUACUAAAGUUCUCCUCAUCAUAGGAUUGGCUGCCACGCACGAGGCGUGGGGCCCACAGAUAGAUGCCUUCACCGGAACCACCAUCCCUAACGACGACGUUUCGAGCGGAGAUGACAAUGAAUGCGGUGAGGGUAUCGAGGUUUGCGCGUUUGAUAAUCGGGGCGUGGGAAGGAGCUCCGUGCCAGUCCAAAAAUCCGAAUACUCAACCACGAUCAUGGCGAAGGAUGCAAUUGCAUUGUUAGAUCAUCUAGGUUGGAAGAAAGCCCAUGUUUUUGGGCACUCAAUGGGAGCUAUGAUAGCUUGUAAAGUAGCAGCAUUGGUUCCUGAUAGAGUUCUCUCCUUGGCAUUGCUCAAUGCAACAGGGGGAGGUUUUCAAUGUUUUCCAAAGCUUGACCGACGAACAUUCUCUGUCGCUUUCCGUUUCUUGAAAGCAAAGACUCCUGAGCAAAGGGCUGCUGUUGACUUGGACACCCAUUACUCACAGGAAUAUCUUGAUGAAUAUGUUGGAACCGAAAAGAGGAGAGCAAUAUUAUAUCAGCAAUAUGUCAAAUGUAUAUCAUCAUCUGGAAUGCAAUCUAGCAGUGGUUUUGAUGGCCAAAUGCAUGCAUGUUGGACACAUAGUGUGACUCAACCAGAUAUUGAUGCAAUGAAAUCUGGAGGUUUUCUUGUUUCAGUCAUUCAUGGAAGGCAUGACAUAAUUGCUCAGAUUGAUCAUGCAAAGAGACUUGCUGAGAGGCUUCACCCGAUAGCCAGAAUGGUUGAUCUUCAUGGAGGUCAUUUAGUGAGUCAUGAGCGGCCUGAAGAGGUUAAUCAAGCACUGUUUGACUUGAUCAAGGCAGCAGGAGAGAAUAAGAGCCCACAUGAUUGGACUAAUUUGUCGACGAACCAAUCUUGGUUGAAAGAGAACAGAAUGUUAUUUCUCAGAACAAUUCAGGGUGGAAGCCGUGUCUCCUUUAAAUUUUCCCUAAUAGAAAAACUCUAUCUUUGCCUACUAUACUUGUUUGGUAUCCUCGUUUUAGCAUUCGAGAACGGAAGAAAGCUUCUAAGAAGCUUAAAACCAGUUCGAGUUGGAUGUUCCCCUUCAUAUGUUAAUGUUGAUAGUUCAUAACCUCUUCUUUUUUGGUGGUUGAAUAUUUAAUUUUUAUAUCCUCAACGUGAGAGAUCUCAGCACUCGUUGUGCAAGAUGAGGCUCAUGUAUUGCGGCAAUGUAGAUUCUGUGUUUUCUACAGGAGUAAAGGGUUUCUUCUUAGGAAAAGUUCGAAGAGGAUUCUAGCGUGACCUAACAUUUCCCUUCAUUGGCUAAAUUCAGAGUCAGAGAAGAUGAUGGAUGAUUAUCAUUCAUUUUGUAUACCAUAAUUUUAUAUUAACAAUAACAAUUAUCCCCAAAAAAAAAAAAAAACAGAGAGAGAGAGAAAGUAUAGUUCCUCCCUACCAAUUACCAAAUACUUUUG